AUGUCAGGAAAGGGUCCGGCUCAGAAGUCUCAAGCGGCGAAAAAGACUGCGGGGAAGUCCUUGGGACCGCGCUACCGCCGCCGCAAGAGAACUGAGUCUUUUGCUCUCUACAUCUACAAGGUCCUCAAGCAGGUGCAUCCGGAGACGGGUGUUUCGAAGAAGAGCAUGAGUAUCAUGAACUCCUUCAUCAACGAUAUCUUCGAUCGUUUGGCAGAUGAAGCAGUUCGUUUGAUCCGUUACAACAAGAAGAGAACCUUGUCGUCUCGUGAGAUCCAGACUGCUGUUCGUCUCCUCUUGCCUGGAGAACUGAGCAAGCACGCUGUGUCUGAGGGCACGAAGGCUGUGACCAAGUACACCACCUCCGGUGCAUAA